CAGUAUUCCGGAGUCGGACACCGGGUCGUCGUGUUCCCCUCUCUCUUCGAUUACAAAGAGAGCUCCCGCCGCCAUUCCUUCCUCCCGCUCCCGCCAAUCCUCUCCACCUCCGUCUCCGCCUGGGCUUCGUAAAGAGAAGCCUUUCCCCACCUCCGCCUCGUCCUGGAAUCCGUGAUUGGAUCCGCCAAGGCGGCCGGACGGGCCGUCACAAAUACUAACAAUCUUGUCCCUGCCCCUCCCUCUGCCUCGGAGCGCUUGGCUGAUGGUGAUCUCGGCGAAGUGAUCGAGGAGGCGAGCCAGAGCCCCCGCCGGCUAUUCCUGUAAUCUUGUUGUUGCCGGGAGCGAGGAGGAAGGAGGAUGCCGUACUGCGUGGUGACCGCGGCGGCGGCGAUGGCCGCCGUCGCCGGCGCGCAGGAGGAGGUGCAGAUCUUCUACCAGCGGUACGGCCACGGCGCAACCAAGGUCCUCCUCAUCAUCGGUUUCGCGGGGACGUACGAGUCGUGGGGCCCGCAGGUGAAGGGCCUGACCGGCGCCAUGGAGCCCGUCGACGAGGAGGCCCCGGCCGGCGACGACUCCGGCGCGGCGGAGGGCGUCGAGGUCUGCUGCUACGACAACCGCGGCAUGGGCCGCAGCUCCGUACCGGAGCAGAAAUCGCAGUACACGACGGCGAUCAUGGCGAAGGACGCGCUUGCGCUCAUGGAUCACCUGGGAUGGCGGAAAGCGCAUGUCUUCGGCCACUCCAUGGGGUCCAUGAUUGCUUCCAAACUGGCCGCAAUGGCGCCGGACAGGGUCGCGUCGCUGGCGCUGCUCAACACGACAGGAGGAGGCUACCAGUGCAUCCCAAAGAUCGAUUGGCACACGAUAUCUCUCGCCUAUCGUUUUCUACGGGCAAGAACUCCUGAGCAGAGAGCGAUUCUUGAUCUUGAAGUCCAUUAUACGAGGGAAUACCUUGAGGAAGUUGUUGGAUCAAGUACCAGAAGACAAAUGCUUUAUCAGGAAUACGUGAAAGGUUUGUCAUCUGGUGGCAUGCAAUCCAGACAUGGAUUUGAGGGGCAGUUGAAUGCUUGCUGGACACAUAAGCUCUCAACAAAAGAAUUAGACAGAAUUCGCUUAGCAGGUUUCCUUGUUCUAAUCAUUCAUGGAAGGGAUGAUGUUAUUGCUCAGUUGUAUUAUGCAAGGAUGCUUGCAGAAAAGCUCCAGCCUGCUGCCAAACUGGUUGAGCUACAUGGAGGCCACCUAGUGAGUCAUGAAAGACCAGCUGAGGUUAAUAUGUCCCUCAUGGAGAUGAUUAAGGCAUCAAAAUCGAAUACAGACCUGGAGGAGUGGUCAAACCUUCCAAAGAAGUCUGAUGCUGGUUCUCUCCGUAAGCGAGGUGGUGAUGGGGUGAAUUACCUCAUAGUUACAUACAACCUACUCGGGAAGCUCCAUCUCAUUUUGCUCUUUUUGUUUGGAGUGUUCUACGUUAUUCUUGAGCACGCAAGGAGGGCCCUAAGAGUUUUGAAGCCUAUCAGAGUUUCUGCUUCCACGCUAUAGAGUAAAUAGCCAGUGAAAGAUUACGGUGGAAGUUCUUCGUUCUUUGGACAAGUGUGAAUUCAGAGAUAGUGGCCUUGUUUGGAUGCAGCUAGAAUCUUAGCGCUAGAAGAGAAUCUUUCCCGCAUGAAGGAUUGAAUGAAGUCUAUUUGCAAAACCUUUUUAGGGAUGGUGUAACUUUUCGCGACGAAUCUAAUGACGGUAAUUAAUCGAUGAUUUGCUACAGUGAUGCUACAGUAAUCAUCCUCUAAUCGCGCGUCAAAUGCCUCAUUAGAUCCUUCAGGGUCACUAGCGCGGGGGUUCUGAAGUUGAUUUUGUAAACUGACUUUGUUUGACACCGUAAUAAGCGGUCAAAGUGUCACUAUU